ACGGCCAAGAUGGCUGCGUUUUAGCUAAUCUCAGGGUCUUUGUCCACACUUUCGUCAAUUUCUGUCAACAAACUUGCCAUCGGCCACCAAUCGCUUCGGAAUUUUGGACAGGAGAUUACCACAAAGCCAUCGUGUGCAGAAAAUUUGUGGGUCUCAACAGAGAAAAUUUGUUGAGAUGUGUGAAAACAAGCCGGGCUGCUGGGCGACACGUCAUUCAGUCCCCGGCCUCCUUUUUUCGAGCCCCCACUCUCUCUCUCUUUGAGAUCUUUACGAUCUCCACAAAUACUACCAACAAUUCUGUUUAUAUAGUUCAUUGUCGGCGCUGGCUACUGGGCAUUCUGAUGUUUUUUUCAGAGCGGCCCACCCACCCCUAAUUACGUGAACGUCCAGGUGUCUGAACGCAACAACAAACAAGGUUUACGCAGAGACUAUUCUGAGGACCGAGCCUGAUCCUGACCCUAACCCAUUCAGGCAUAGAAGUAGAGGUAGACAUGGUUCUGGGUACAAGUCUGGAUAUCCUUCCUGUGUAGAACAAAGAACAUAACAAUUAUUUCAACAUGGCGGCGCGUCGGGACGUCCAGCCGCAGACAGUCAACGGUCACCUUGAACUUGACCUGAGUAACCAGGGUCUGACGUCCAUCCCGGAGGAGGUGUUUGAUAUCGCUGACCUGGAGAUUCUAGAUGUCUCCAACAACAAACUCACCAGCAUUCCGGGCGCGAUCUGCCGUCUGCAGAAACUUUUCCGUUUGGACGCUUACGGCAACAAGCUGACAAGUUUGCCACAGGAGAUCGGUUCUUUGCAAAAGUUGAAAGACUUAUAUGUCCAGAACAACAAUUUGAGGGAGUUGCCUGACGGGUUGGAAGCUUUACAAAAACUAGAAUGGCUAUUUGUUAGGGAUAACAAGUUAACGAAACUUCCUACGAAACUGUUUUCCUGUCUCAAUCUUGUAACCUUUGAUUCCAGUAACAACAAACUUGCUACCUUACCUCCUGGUGUAGAAAAGUUGCAGAAAUUGAGAGAACUACGCAUACAUGGUAAUCAGCUGACAGAAGUUCUACCAGGGGUUUGUGCUCUGUCCAACAUUGGUCUGUUGGAUGCCAGUAACAACAAACUUUUCACUUUACCUCCUGGGGUUGAGAACUUGAACACAUUGAGAGAACUGUACAUUAAUUGUAAUCAGCUAUCAGAGGUUCCAGCAGGGGUUUGUUCCAUGUCCAACCUUGAUGUGUUAGCUGUCGGCCAGAACCCCAUCCGACGCCUCCCUAGUGACGUUAGGCGACUCACCAGACUGAAGAUACUCAGUGUCCGCGGCUGUCAGUUUGAAGAGUUCCCAAGACACGUUCUGCAGCUGGAAACACUGGAGAAACUGUAUGCUGGUGGCUGUGAGUUUAAGAUUGUCCCAGAUGAAAUGGGAAACUUCCAACACCUCUGGUUCUUGGCACUAGAACAUAACCUCCUCAGAACCCUGCCGAGCACCAUGAGUCACCUGCACAACCUACGUGAGGUCAGACUCGGGUACAACAAGUUCGACACAUUCCCAGAAGUCCUGUGUGAACUGCCUGCCAUGGAGAUACUGGACAUCAGGAACAACAACAUCACCAGUAUCCCAACGGCCAUCCACCGAGCAGAUAAACUGAAGGACUUGCAUGUUUCUGAUAACCCCCUCACAUACCCUCCUCAGGAUGUGUGUUUACAGGGGACAGGUGCUAUCAUGGUCUUCCUGAAGCAGGAGGCCGAGAAAGAGUCAGAGUUAUUCAAGAUCUUCAACCGUCUGUCCGUGAAGGUGAAGCGGGACCAGUGGAAGCCCAUCGCCCGGAGCCUGGGGUUCAACAAGGCGGAGAUAAAGGCCAUCAAGGAAUCCACCCCAGAUGACGUUCCUGACCAGGUGUACCAGACCCUGGUGCGGUGGAGAGAGAAGGCAGGUGAGGCGGCCACAAUUCCCGCCCUGGAGCAGCACCUGAGAGACCUGGGCUUUCAUCAGCUGGUGGGGCAGCUUGUAUCGACACCCAGGACCCCACGUCGCAAGGGGCAUGAACCAGUAGUUGGUGCCGUUGGUGGCCAAGAGGAAGAUGAGCCGCCGAACAGAUACCCUAGUGUGACGGUUGACCGCAGGUUCCCCAUUGUGGACUUUGAACGGCUGGAAAAACAGUCCAUUCUCGGCCGUGGGGGGUUCGCCUACGUGAUGAAAGCCCGGCAUCUUGACUGGAGACAGGACGUGGCCGUCAAAUGUCUGCUUACUCGAGAAUUUGAAGGAAGUGAGCAAGAACAGGUGUACUCUGAGGCAAGGAAACUGAACCUGGGAAGCCGCUCAGACCACGUCAUCAGUCUGCUGGGGGUCUGUCUGGAUCCAAACAUCGCCAUCGUGAUGCCCUACAUGGAGAACGGCUCUCUGGCCGGGCUACUGCAGGAUGUGGACGUGCCCUGGGCCCUGAGGUGGAGAAUGGCGCACGAGAUCUCCCUGGGGAUGACUUUCCUGCACUGCCAGAACCCGCAGAUCAUCCACUGUGAUCUGAAGGCAGAGAACGUGCUACUGGAUGGGGACUUUCACGUGAAGAUUUCAGACUUUGGUUUGUCCAAGUGGAAGGCCAAAUCUCGGGUCGUCACUAAAACAAGCCCGGGAGGUGGCACAAUCACGCAUGCGCCACCGGAGUACUUCGCUGACAUCAACCUCGCUCCAACCACUAAGUUUGAUGUGUACAGUUUUGGUGUGAUGCUGUCGGCGAUUGUUACCAGAGAGCAACCAUAUGCACUUGUUGUCAAUUCCGCCCUGAUCUCCGUGGCGGUCACCACGGGUCAACGACCUGACCUGAGGCUGAUCCCCACAGACCGGGAGGACGUGACGUCAGUGAGCGAACUGAUGCAAAAAUGCUGGAGUCAGAACCCGGAGGACAGGCCGGAAUUCAAUGACUGUGCUAAACAACUCCAGAACAUGUUUAACCUGGAGGAGAUUCGACAGGCCAUUAUCACUGUGGACAAGCUGAAGGCUACAGUCAACACGAAGUAAUAUUACAGAUAACUGGCAUGUACAACGAUUCUUCUGUCACUGUAUAAUCAAGUAUAAUGUAUGCUGUAGACCGUCUCCCGAAAAGAGCCAGAGGAUGACGUCUAGACUCGUGGACGAGUGAUCUUGUUUGCUAGGUAGUUUCCACAACCGAUAUUCACCUACACAAUAUCAUCAAUUAUUAGUUUUUUAUAAAUAAUAUCAUUAUUUGUGAAAUGUCACAGUUUCAUGUAGAUGGUUUUAUCACAUCACUGGUACCAUUGGAGUAUCUACAAACAAAUAUUUUUUUUAUAUUUAUUAUACACAGUUAUCAGUGUAGGUAUCGAAGUACACCAUCAGGCACAAAACGUAAAUAUUGAUUUAUAUCACCAAGUUCUUAUUACCCCAUGGUACAUUAAGUUAAGCGUUUGGUGUGACAAGAUGUUAAACAAAUCGAAUAACAUCAUGAGGAUCUCAACAUAACAAUUUAAGUUGUAAAUUAUUCCAUCGGUUUGCUACCAUUACAGAAACAUGACAUUGACUUUGGAACACUUCGCUAACAAUCAGAACAUAUGCUGAUUGGACAUUGUCAGACAUAGAGAUCUUAAAGCUUACUUAUUGGUGGAGGUAUAGUUAUGUUACAAGCCAUACUGUACAUACAAACCACAAAACCAUCUGGAAAAAGAAUAGGUUGAUUGAAAUCACAAACAGAGACUAUUAGUAACAUUGCGUAACGUUGAUGUAAUUUUUGUAGUCAAUCCAAGUACGAUGUGAUUUCAAUCAUACGUGCAAAGUGUUCUGCAAUGUCAUAAAGAUCAGAAUAAUG